GGCGCAUAUGAGUCUGAUCUGACGCUCUGCAAAGUCGUCUCUGUUUUCUUUAUAUGGCCUGCAGGUUGCAGCCACCGUCCUUGAUUAUGCGGUCUAAGUAGCGACUUAGUGUUUUUUUUUGUUCAUCUAACCAAACAAUACUUCGGAGUCUCAGUUACUCUGCUCCAGCACUGCUUGUCUGCUAUACACUUUCAUCUUAGCCACCAUAAAUUGCGGCCCUUUCAAAAAAAUUGAGGUUUCAGUUCUUUUUCGAUAGAAGUAAGAUAAUUAAGCAUGCACCUAGUGCCAAUAUAAGCUUAUGGAUCAUCAUUCUGAUCAACCGCUUCCUCCUGGAGUCCAGCGUGUUUCAUUUUCUUCACAUCUCCUGCCAGAAACUGCACAUUCAACUCCACCUGUUCUGAAUAAUGAUAAUAUUGAAAACCCUUCUCACUCUCACGAGGGAAGUCUUUUUCCUAUCACUCCUAAUGGAAUUGGGUUUUCACAUCCUGAAAGCUUGAAACCACAUUCCACAAGUUCAUGUCAAAUUCAUCAUACACAUGCUACGAAUGUGGUAUCCCAAAUGCCAAAUAGCUCUCAAUCUAUUCCGGUGCCUUCCUUAAUGUAUUCCGGUGGCUCUUCACUACACCCAGAAAACACCAAUGACAUUGAUAAUUCUGUUCGAAGUGCUGUUAUGCGUGAACAGGAAAUUGCCACCCAAAAAGUCAUACAAAGUCAAAGAGAAGCGAGAUCUAUUGGUGAGCACAGGGAUAGCACAGACCUUUUCUCUGGCAGUCAAGACCCCAAUACUUUAAAGGAGCAUUUACUGAAAAUUACUGCAGAGCAUCGUACUGAAAUGGCCUUGAAGCAUGGAAGGUCUGUGUCAAGCAAAGAAGGCAAUAUGGAAAUUGGGAAUGGGUAUGGUGUUCCUGGUGGUGGUGCUUAUUAUGGUUCUCUGAAGACGAGUAUCAUUACCUCCAAUCCUGUCCUUGGCCAUUCAACAAUUGAGUCCAACCCAGAGUGCAGUGGGGAUUCUGGAUGUAAUUCUGCAACUAAAGAGUUGCCUGAAUUUCUCAAAAAGAAAUUGAGAGCUAGGGGUAUUCUGAAGGGUGAUCCAACAAUGGAUUAUACAUCGCCUUCCAAUAGAUCAGACAUGUUGCCAUCUCAGAAGAUGCUGCUUUCAGAAUUGCCUCCAGGGUGGAUUGAAGCCCAUGAUCCUGCAAGUGGUGUGGCGUACUAUUAUGAUGCAAAUACAGGAAAAAGUCAGUGGGAAAAGCCUAUACCUCCACAGAUUCCUGAAAAUUGGCAAGAGCUUGUUGAUGAAACAACAGGUCAAAAGUAUUACUAUAACACCUUGACCAAUGUAUCUCAAUGGGAGAACCCCUUUACCUUGAAGCAGGCUGCCCUACAGUUGCAUGAUGCAAAUACAACUACAAAUAUGGGGCAACAGUCAUCCGUACUGCCAAAAUGCAAGGGAUGUGGUGGAUGGGGCGUGUCCCUUGUGCAAUCAUGGGGGUACUGCAGAUACUGCACCAGAGUUCUUAACCUUCCCCAGCGUCAGUAUCUGUUGGAAAAUGCUGAAAGCAAACAGCACACAAAUGCUUCAGGUCCAAAGGAAGAUUCUGAAAAGAAAUUUCAGAAGCAGAGGUCUAGUUUCAAACCACCCAUAGGAAAAGGUGAUCGGCGAGAUAACCGCAAGCGUACACACUCUGAGGAUGAAGACUUGGAUCCUAUGGAUCCAAGCUCUUACUCAGAUGCCCCCAGGGGUGGUUGGGUUGUAGGACUAAAAGGAGUGCAACCACGGGCAGCCGACACAACUGCCACGGGUCCGCUCUUUCAACAGCGACCGUACCCAUCGCCUGGAGCAGUAUUGCGGAAAAAUGCUGAAAUUGCAUCAUCACAAAAGAAAACGCCUAAAUCGCAUAAUAUGAUGGCAGCAAUAUCAAAGAGAGGCGAUGGUAGUGAUGGACUAGGGGAGGCUGAUUGAGCAGUCUUGUACUCUUGUGUGAACCUUGUUUGCUGACAUCCGUCUGGAAUUAAUUUAUAGUUACUACAUAACCUUGUGUAAAUUAAUACUGUCAUCCAGUCCUACACAUGACACCACACCAAGUAUAAUUCCUUUUUAUUAUAUUAUCA